CUUACUAUCAAAAAGUACUGACAACUUAAUCAGAAUUCCUAGUACUUUUUUUUUUAAUUAAAUUUGAGAAAAUGACAGAAAAAAGUCCGUAUCAAUCAGCAUAAUAUUGUACUGUCGCCUAACAUCUUAUCAGUAUCAAUGAUGUACUGUCUUUAUUUUUGUGUCUCUAUCCCUCUUCCCCUAUAUAUAACAUUAGACCAAAUCGAACUCAAACCAAAACACAUCUAUUUAAAAAUAAAAAAUAAAAAAUAAAAUUUCCACCAAUGGCAAAAAACAGUUCAUCAAAUAAUAUUGGCAAUGCGAAAAAAAACAUCGUCGGUAUAGUAAAGCUCAGAACAGUGGUGGAAAGGCUGCAAAAGAGUCUACUUCGGGCAAAGAAACCUUCAUCCUCCGGCAACUUUAAGAAGGGUCAUUUCACUGUGGCGGCGGUGGAUGAAAACGGUGAGUUGAAGAGAUUUAUUGUGCCCUUGAGUUUUUUAACGGAUUUGUCAUUCUUGAGGUUAUUGGAGAAAGCCGCCGAAGAGUACGGCUUUGGUCAUGACGGAGCGCUGACUGUUCCUUGCCGCCCGGCCGAGCUCGAGCGGAUACUGGCGGAGCAAUGGGAGGAGGAAAGGGUCUCAGGCGGCGGUGGGGCUGACAAAUGGAGUUCAUAAUAAAACCUCGCUCAGCUGCUGACAUGUAACGUGUUUACGUCCAUAUUUUAUCGAUUCUUGUUCUCAUUAAGUUGCAACUUUGCAAAAUAAUCAGCCAUUUUGUUUAAUUUUCAUGUGUUAAUGUGCAGAAGGUUGCAUUAUUUUAGCUUGUAUCUUUUAAGUGUGUGAGGUUUCGGUUUCGGUUUCCA